GCCGCUGUGCACCGGGGUCGGUGCGGGCCCGAGGGGCCGUGGGCUGCCCGGGGCCGGGGUGGUGGCCGGGUGUCCCUCUGACUGUCAGAGCACAAGGACCUGCCCAGAAAUCGCCUUCCGCGCUCCCCGUUCCGUCAGCGUCAGGGCGGCUGUUGUUCCAGGAUGCCGCACGCCCUCUGCGAUGGCUGUGGGGACCUGGAGGAGUCAGUGCUCGCAUCCUCCCCUUUUGUCAAAGGUGCGCGGUGGGGAGGCUCAGUAGCGGAUCGUUGUAAAGAAGUGCAGCAGAUCCGAGAGCAGCAUCCAAACAAAAUCCCGGUCAUCAUUGAACGCUACAAAGGGGAGAAACAGCUGCCAGUGCUGGACAAGACCAAGUUCCUUGUCCCAGACCAUGUCAACAUGAGUGAAUUGGUCAAAAUAAUCCGGCGCCGCUUGCAGCUGAAUCCCACCCAGGCAUUCUUCCUGCUGGUGAACCAGCACAGCAUGGUCAGCGUGUCCACUCCCAUCUCCGAGAUCUACGAGCAGGAGAAGGAUGAGGAUGGCUUCCUCUACAUGGUCUAUGCUUCCCAGGAGACCUUUGGCUUCUGAGGGCUGCUGAGAGGUGGCACGUGGAGACAGAUGAACUGUGGUACAGAGGCCCUUGGCCCCAGAAGACAACACAGCCAGAGGCUCACGAGAGGGGCUGUGCUGACCCCCUUCCUUCCCCUCCCUCCCUCCUCUCCCCAUCACCCUGUCACCAAAGAUGCUCGAGGCGUGUGUUGGACUCGCACAACCCUUCCCCUCUGUGUAGGUCAGUCCCACUCCCCCCAGGUGCCCACGCAGGUGUGUGACAGCCCCACCCAGCCGGGCCUGGCCCCUCCCUGUGUCCCUGCUCUGCUCUCGCUGUGCUGUGUGUGCUGUGCUGCUGCCAGACCCGCUGGGCCACCGUCACCCCAGCACAGGGAGAGCCACCUCUCCCCAGGCACUCAUAAAGGGCAGGAGGUCUGCAGAAGCAGCUAACAGUUACCAUUGCUUCCGAGUUUUAAUUGAUUUUAAUUACACCCGUAUCAGAUUCUUGGUGCUACUGAGUAGAUGUAGGCGUCUCUCUAGGACUGUGGAUAAUGUAUAUCCUUUAGAUUUAUUUUAUUGGUUUGUUUGUUGGUUUGUUGUUUUUUUUUUUUUAGGGAUAGAUUGGAAUGGGGAGAGGGGGAAACUUUCCUGUAUUCUGUAGGUAAAUAAAUCAGGCUUCAUUGCACUUUAAAGCAUAGUAGAUGUCAGAGUGGAAUUUCUUUUAAUUUAUAUAGGUUUGCCAUCUAUAGUGCUGCUCUUCUGUUGACAGUUGUACCUAGAUUAUCUUGUUUCUUUUUUUUUAAUAAAAUUGAUUUCCCUUCUCUCUGUCUCCCCAUUGCAUGCAAUUUUUCAGUCUCAGUGUGUCAAGGAGUUCACCGAAGGAAUGUUCUGAUUUAUAUUUGCUAUGUUCCUGUCCCUGUUUCUCAUGUAUUAUACCAAAAAAGUAUAAGAUAAAAUCCCCCCCAGUUUAAUCUAUACAAAGGUAUAUAUAUAUAUAUAUAUAUAAAUAUAUAUAUAAAAUAAACAUAAAUUCAA